AUGCACUUCAAGUCCUUAGCUGCCUUCGCGGCCUUGGCCUCUCUCGCCCAGGCUCACCCUGGCCACGACGUCUCCGAGGAGGUUGCCGAGCGUCGCCACUUCAUCAACUCCAUCCACAAGAAGGAUCUCUCUCACUGCGCGGAUAAGCUUCGUGCUCGUGGUAUUGAGGCUCGCAACAUUGCUCGUCGCUCUGCUGCCGUCGAGCAGGCUCGCGCCCUCAAGGGCGUGAGCAAAAAGAGGGAUCUCGACAGUGUCCUGGCUACCGACCAUGACGAGUCUGACACUGGAUACACCGCGAACACUGAUGUGUCCAAGCUCUUCACCGGCAACAGUUCCUGUCUCUUGACCCCCGAGGUUACUCAGGGUCCUUACUACGUUGGCGGCGAGUACGUCCGCAAGGACAUCACAGACGAUGAGCCCGGCAUCGACAUCACCCUCGACUACCAAGUUAUCGACGUGGAUACCUGCGAGCCCGUCCCAGAUGUCUACGUCGAGAUCUGGCACUGCAACAGCACUGGCAUCUACUCCGGCGUCGUCGCCAGCGGCAACGGCAACUCUGACGACGACUCCAACCUCGACGCCACCUUCCUGCGAGGCAUCCAGGAAACUGACUCCGACGGUGUUGCUCAGUUCAAGUCUGUCUUCCCCGGCCACUACACCGGCCGUGCCACCCACAUCCAUAUUAUGGUCCAUACCAACGCCACUCUCCUCGCUAACGACACUCUUGGCAAUGAUAUUUACGCCUCGCACGUUGGCCAAGCAUUCUUCGAUCAGGAUCUCAUCACUGCUGUUGAGAAGACUUCCCCUUACUCCAGCAACACCCAGGAGCUGACUCAGAACGACGAUGACAAUAUCCUCGCCGAGGAGGCCGAGGAUGUCGACCCGUUCAUGAGCUACGUCUACCUUGGCGAUGAUCUUGAUAGCGGUCUGUUUGCUUGGAUUGCCUUCGGCAUCAACACUACCUACUCGAGCCACAUCAGCCCUGCUGCGAGCUACUACGAGGAUGGCGGUGUUGCGAACGAGAACUCCGACGUGGGUGGUGGCCCCGGUGGUAGCGGCGGUCCUGGUGGCAACGGGCCUAUGCCUAGUGGUAUGAGUGGUAUGCCUCCUAGUGGCACUCCUACUGCGUCUGGUUCCGGCUCUGCUGCAACUGGAACUGAGACUAAUGUGGCUUCCACCAGCACUGCUGGUGCGAAGAUGCUCACUAUUCCUGGUUAUGGUGUUGUUGCUGGUGGACUUGGUCUUGCUAUGCUCCUGAACUAA